GUUUCAUUGUUGCUGUUGAUCAGAUCCGGUGAUUUUGCUUCAGGAACACUUAUUAUCAUUGCUAAUACAUGUCUGUGUUCAGCCUUUAUCCGAAAUCAACUUUCCCAGUCCUUAGAAAGCUUGCAAAACAAUCACGUCGAAGAACCCAGUUGUGUCAUUUUCAUUUAAGUUCCACUCAGGGAACAAUGGAUUUGAAGGCGUUGCUCUCUGAUUUUGAAAAAUGGGCUCCCAUCAACUUGGCUGAAAAGUGGGACAAUGUGGGUCUGUUGAUUGAACCCUCGGGUUCUAAGAUGGUGAAAAAUGUUCUCCUGACCAAUGACUUGACGGAAGAAGUCAUGGCUGAGGCUCUGGAGAACAAAACGGACAUGAUCUUCUCCUAUCAUCCACCGAUUUUCGCACCGUUAAAACGAAUCACGGGUCGAGCUUGGAAGGAGAGGAUUGUCCAGCAAUGUUUGGAAAAUCGGAUUGCUCUCUAUUCGCCUCAUACAGCUUUUGAUGCCUUGGAAGGAGGUGUGGCGGAUUGGUUGCUACAACCUAUAGGUUCGGGACCAAUCAGUGUCCUUCAUCAAGGCCAAAACCCUUCUUUCUCCGGGAACUACAGCCACUCGGUUAGGGUGGAUCCGCUUCCACCUUUAAAGGCCGAUGUGAAUACUGCCUUGGCCACGAUAAUGAACAUCCAAGGGGUGAAGGUCCAUGUAGAGGACUCCCAAGGGAGCGUGACCGUGGAUUGUGGGAUGAAAGCACUUCCGGAAGUGAUUGCAGCUCUCGAGAAACCCACGGGCAUGUCUUCAUCCAUGAUCAAAGUAUUCCAACUGGAAAAGCAUCCGAUUCUUGGCCAAGGCAUGGGUCGAUUGAAGGCUCUGGAUAAGGCUCUGACCCUUCGAGAAAUCGUACAAGUGGUCAAAAAGCACACAGGAGUGGAACAUCUGAGAGUGUGCGUGGCCAUGGGCAAAGAUUUGGAUUGUUCCAUAUCCAGUGUGGCAAGUUGUGCGGGCUCUGGGACUUCGGUUCUCAAAGGCUGUUCGGCUGAUCUUUGGCUCACGGGAGAGAUGUCUCAUCACGACCUUCUGGACGUGGUUCACAAUGGAGGUUGCGUGAUUUUGUGCGAGCAUUCCAAUUCUGAGCGGAACUUCUUACGUGACGUGGUGGCCGGGAAAUUCAAGGGCAUUUGCGGCUCUCUUGAUGUCAAGAUCUCUCAAAAAGAUCGGGAUCCGGUCAUGAUCGUUUAGAUGAACCAGCACAAAAUGGCAAAAUAAAACAAAGUGUCUUGAAAA